AUGACGACUAAAAGGAACGAGCUCUUCCGCAAAUACAAAUGCACCCCCUUCGCCACAAUGCUCAUCCCCCCUCUCUCCCAACUCCCCCUCUUCGCCCUCACCUCAGUCACCCUCUCCCACGCCUGCCAAGCCCCCACAAUCCUCGACUCCGAAUCCUUCCUCACAAUCACCUCGCUCUCGCAUCCGGACCCCACCACCGCGCUUCCUAUCGCACUUGGCCUGAUAUCGCUCGCGAACGUGGAGUCGGCGAAGUGGUGGGUCAGCGAUGUGGCGAGGGAGAGGCUGGAGGUCGAGAGGAAGAAGAAGGAGGAGAAUGAGAAGAGGGGGGUGAGGGAGAUUAAGCCGAGGGAGUUGGUCCAGGGGGCGUUGAGGGCUUUGAGCGUGGGUAGGAUAUUGUUGGGGGCUUUGGUUCCUGGGGGUGUGUUGAUCUACUGGGUUUCGUCGGCGGCAUUUGGUCUGCUCCAGACAUGGGCCUUUGAUUAUUGGGAUUAUAGGCGAGCACAGGCACGGCGACAUCUAGAAGUCCAAGCUACGAAGACCUCGACUGCGAAGACAUUGGCUCAGACUCCUCCACCAGCUCCCUUGCCGCCUAGGUCAUUGUCGACCACUACGAAGCCAUCAAAUACCAAAGUAUGGACGGUCCAGCCUCCGCGAGCCAAAUCGUCGAAAGGGAAGAGACGGUAA